CCAAGUCUUUUAGCCAAACCAGGAAGAAGGACUGAUGCUGCAAACAAGUGGGAUGCGAUCACAGAGAUGGACGAGCAGAACAGACCCAUUCACACCUUUCAGGUUUGCCACGUGAUGGAGCCAAACCAGAACAACUGGUUGCGGUCUGGAUGGAUCCAGCGGCAGGCAGCACAGAGGGUCUAUGUGGAGCUGCGUUUCACCCUGCGGGACUGUAACUCCAUUCCUUGGGUGUCUGGCACCUGUAAGGAAACCUUCAACCUGUUUUAUCUGCAGACAGAUGAGCCUCUCCCUGCAGCGACACGGUUUCGGCCUCUUGACUAUGCCAAGGUGGACACCAUCGCGGCAGAUGAGAGUUUCACACAGACAGAUCUCGGAGAUCGUGUGCUUCGCCUCAACACGGAGGUCAGGGAGGUGGGGCCUGUGACACAGAAGGGCUUCUACCUGGCGUUCCAGGACGUGGGAGCCUGUAUUGCUCUUGUGUCUGUCAAGGUCUUCUACAAACGCUGCCCAUCCACUUUACGGAACCUAGCAGCCUUUCCCGACACGGUGCCGCACAUGGACUCAUCCUCCCUGGUGGAAGUGAGGGGAGCGUGUGUGGAGAAUGCAGAAGAAAGGGACACACCCAAAUUGUACUGUGGCGCUGAUGGCGACUGGCUCGUACCAUUGGGCCGCUGUGUCUGCAGUAUUGGCCACGAGGAGACAGAUGGCUACUGCCACGCUUGCAGGCCUGGCUCCUUCAAGGCGUUCGCCGGGAACACUAAAUGCUCAAGGUGUCCUCUGCACAGCUCCAGCCAUGACCAGGCGGCCACCAUGUGUCACUGUGAGAAAGGCUUCUACAGGGCCAUUAAAGACCCCUCCACCCUGCCUUGCACAAGGCCUCCGUCAGCUCCCAGGAAUCUCGUCUCAUUGAUCAAUGACACAGCGCUCUUCUUGCAGUGGAUGCCUCCCAUUGAUACAGGCGGCAGGAAGGACAUCACUUAUAACAUCUUGUGCCAGCGCUGUGAUGGAAGUGACGGCGACAGUGGCCUGACGCAGUGUGAGCCGUGCUCGGCGGAUCUGCGCUUCAUCCCACGGCCGCAUGGUCUGACUGGCACCUCUGUGGCAAUACUGGAUUUUGCGAUGCACACCAACUACACUUUCCACGUAGAGGCCAUGAAUGGUGUAGCUGGGCUGGGGGUGGCCGCACGCUCACUGGCAAAUAUUACCGUCAACACGCAUCAAGCUGGUCCUGCUCUGGUGGGCGUCAUCAGAAAAGAUGGGGCCACUCAAACCAGCAUCGCUCUCUCCUGGUCAGAAGUGGAACUGCCUCCUUCCGACAUAGUGGAUUAUGAGAUCAAAUACUUUGAAAAGGAGCAAGAGCAGCUGAGCUACUCAUCGACACGCACCAAAUCCCCCAGCGUGGUGGUCACAGGCCUCAGACCCUCCACUGUGUAUGUCUUCCACGUGCGCGCUCGCACUGCUUCUGGUUACACCGCUUACAGCCCCAACUUUGAGUUUGCUACUGCAGCCGAGGAUCCUGAUAUUGCUGAUCAGGGUCAGGUUCUGGUGGUCGUCACAGCGGCUGUAGGAGGUUUCUCCCUGUUGAUCAUCCUCACCCUCUUCCUCCUCAUCACUGGACGGUAAGAGCCUGUGUGCCUCGCUGGUCCUUGGUCCUGGUUCCUUUAGCUAAACAUUAAUACCACUCACACACACACACACACACACACACACCUUUUCCCAUUUUCUGGAAUAAAGACAUAUGUGGAUCCAGACACGUAUGAAGACCCCACUCAGGCUGUGGAGGAAUUUGCUAAAGAGAUUGACCCCUCGUAUAUCUGCAUUGAAAGAGUGAUUGGUGCAGGUGAAUUUGGAGAAGUGUGUAGUGGUCGUUUGCGUGUACCUGGAAGGAUGGACAUCGCUGUGGCAAUAAAGACACUUAAAGGUGGUUAUAUGGAACAACAGCGGAGAGACUUUUUACGUGAGGCCUCGAUCAUGGGACAGUUCAACAACCCCAACAUCAUCAGGCUGGAGGGAGUCGUCACUAACAGCAGACCAGUGAUGAUAGUCGUGGGAUACAUGGAAAAUGGAGCACUUGAUUCUUUCCUGCGGACUCGUGACGGUCAGUUCACAGUGCUCCAGCUGGUCGGUAUGCUGCGUGGCAUCGCAGUGGGCAUGGACUACCUAUCAGACAUGGGUUAUGUUCACAGAGACCUUGCCGCCCGCAACAUCCUGGUGGAUGAAAACUUGAUGUGUAAAGUGUCAGAUUUCGGGAUGUCCAGAGUCCUUGAAGAUGACAGUGAAGCAGCCUACACUGCAACAGGAGGAAAGAUACCGAUACGCUGGACGGCACCGGAGGCUAUCGCUUAUGGAAAGUUUUCUUCAGCAAGCGAUGUGUGGAGCUACGGCAUUGUCAUGUGGGAAGUGAUGUCAUAUGGCGAGAGGCCCUACUGGGAGAUGUCCAAUCAAGAUGUCAUUUUAUCAAUUGAAGAGGGCUACCGCCUGCCAGCCCCAAUGGGCUGCCCUGUGACACUUCACCAGCUGAUGCUGCACUGCUGGCAGAAGGAGUCCAGCCUGCGGCCAUGCUUCAGCGACGUGCUCUCUUUCCUCGACAAACUUAUAAUCAAUCCCAGCAGCCUGCUGACGCUGGUGAAUGAUGUUCAGAGUUUUUCCGAGUCCCCGGAGGACAUGCCAGAUUACCCUCUGUUCAUCUCCAUCGGUGACUGGCUCGACUCCAUCAAAAUGUGCCAGUACAAGAACAACUUCCUUGCAGCAGGAUACACAACACUGGAUUCUAUUUCAACCAUGAGUGUAGAUGACAUCAGGCGUAUUGGGAUCUGUUUGAUUGGUCACCAGAGGAGAAUCAUAAGCAGCAUACAGUCUCUGCGUCUGCAGCUUCACCACAUCCAACAGAGUGGCUUUCAAGUGUGAGGCCACUCCACAAAGACAGACUUUAUAAGUGUGUUUGUGUGUGUGUGUGCGCGUGCACUGAGCUGGAAACAAACCAGCGCUCCAACACCAGACUGUUUGGUGUAACUGACACCGCACACUGCUUGUGAGAAAGGAGUCCACCACUAGACCACAUCUGGUCUAGUUAUAACACACUCAUCAUCCUAUGGAUCAUUAUCAACACAGCCUCCACAACAACCAACCUCUGUCUGCGUUGGCCAAAUGCGGUCUCUAUAAUAUCUCAGCAAUCACGAGCAUUCACUUGAAUUUAGGACAUCUUCUCUCCAGUGUCUUUUCAAGUGUCCACCGAUACCUCUUCUCUUUCCUAGUGACAAUCCAACGGUUUCUAUGGACUUUGAAAGGUCUCCAGUCUGUUACCUCAUGACCAGAGAGGAUGUGGAUAUAAGACGGUAACAUGGGGAACAAAGUGUGUGAUUUUAGUAGCUACCUUUCCAGCUGGAUUAUGAAUUGAUUCACCAGAAGUAAAGAUUGACAGAAUGAUAAAUACAAUCAUGUUUUUUGAACUGAAGACCGCUGAAUGUCAAAAAGAUUUUUUAGAUGUGUAUGUUCUAUCCUCAUGAUAAUGCAGUAUGUCUUGUACAAAGAGUCUUGUGAAAGUCAUAUGUUUUAUUCAGUAUGUUUGUUCCUUAAUAAACAAGCCUAUUUUAA